AUGUCUGCCAGUCGAAAAUUGCAGGCGACCAUUGACGUUACUCUGAAGAAAGUCGAUGAAGGAAUUGAUGAAUUCCAACAAGUAUGGCGAAAAGUGGAGGAGAGCCAAAAUCAAAACCAACGGGAGAAAAACCAAAUGGAUUUGAAAAAGGAGAUUAAAAAACUUCAACGAUUUAGAGAGGAUAUCAUGAAGUGGAUCAAUGGAACGGAAGUGAAGGACAAGGGGAAGCUCACUGACGCUCGACGGAAGAUUGAGGUCGAAAUGGAGCGGUUCAAAGAGUUUGAGAGAGAAAGCAAAACUAAACCAUUCAGUUUCAUUGGCCUACAAGCUCAGGAUAAGGUCGACCCUGCCGAGCAGAAGAGGAUGGAAACUCGCAGUCAAUUGGAGUCUUAUGUGGAUCAGCUGAAGCAACAGGUAGGGUUGAGCUCCGCUGAGUCCACAAGGGUCGCCGAAUUAAGUAGUAGCGGUCGGGUUGAAGGACGGUCGAUGGAAUUAGUCUUGUUGGUAGAGCUGUGGAUCGCGAGGCAUCAGUGGCAUCAGGCCAAGCUGGAACAGUUGAUACGCAAAUUGGAUAAUGAGGAGGAUGUCGACUACGACGAGUUGGAGAUAACUGAACAGGCGUUAGAUUACUAUCUUGAGGAGCAUGAGAAUCCUGAUUACUAUCACGACGAGGAGUUGUAUACCAACCACAACUUGGAUGACAAUCGUAUUAAUGCUUAUACUAAGCCUAUUGAUGUUGAUGGUACUGAUAAUGGUGAUGGGGAACCUACCGACACGCAGGAGUCACAGGAGAGUUCUGAUGAGGAUAAACAGCCGAAGAAACCUGUCAAGGAGGUACCAUUAUCAGCUGGUGCUAAGGCAAUGCAGAAAGCUCUAGCAGCCAAGGCAGCCGGGUAUCAACCACCUUGUAAAACCCCGCCUCGACCAACUCUACCAGCGCUCCCCUCGAUAUCCCCUCCGGCCCCACCGAGCCCACCGGCUGUUCCUCAGUACCCUCCACCACCACUGCUGGAUGAUGCCUCGCAGAUAGAUAAGAAGGAAGCUACUGUUUCGAGUCCCGCACCUUCCCCGCCUCUAGCAUCAAUGCCCCCGCCUGGUCUCAAAGCACCGGUUGUUGAAGAUGAACCUAUAAAGGUCGAGGAACGACAUGACGAUACCACACCUUUGUCAACAACAGCAACAACGACAACGCCGGUUGAGCCUGGUUUAGCAGUAUUGUUACGGAGCUAUGAGAAUAGGCCGAUGCCUGACGAUCUAUGCUGUAGUGAAGGAAACUAUAUUCCGGCGAAUCCUAUACCGUCUAGUGCAGCGAGGAAGAGCCCUUAUCCUCAGCAACCGGUGAAUGACACGGAAUCGAUGUUUCAAAAGUUGUCUUUCGACACGCUAAUGUUUGUUUUCUAUUAUCGUCCUGGCAGUUACGCUCAGUACCUUGCAGCACGAGAGCUAAAGCGGAUGAGUUGGAGAUUCCAUAGCAGAUAUGGCACGUGGUUCAAGCGUCAUAGCGAGCCCUCAGUGGUGAACCCUAAGUUCGAGUACGGCACUUAUGUUUACUUUGAUUGCUACGCUGACGAGUGGGCGCAGAAGAUCAAGAAGGACUUCCAAUUCGAGUAA